AUGGAGAAAGGGAAUUGGGAUUUUCUUCCACGGGGAUCCGGAAUUGUAACAAGACGACCAUUAGUCUUGCAACUUGUCACUGCCAAAACAGAGUAUGCUGAAUUUCUACACUGCAAAGGGAGGAAAUUUACUGAUUUUGAUGAAGUUCGUCAGGAAAUUGAAGUAGAAACAGAUAGAAUAACCGGAGUGAACAAAGGCAUUUCUUCAAUUCCUAUUAAUUUAAGAAUAUACUCCCCACAUGUAUUGAGCCUGACUCUUAUUGACUUGCCGGGAAUCACUAAAGUGCCAGUAGGGGAUCAACCUCCAGAUAUUGAGCAACAAAUCAGAGACAUGAUAAUGCAGUUCAUCUCUCGGGAGAACUGCCUGAUAUUGGCUGUGACUCCAGCUAACACUGAUCUGGCCAACUCGGAUGCACUGAAGUUAGCUAAAGAAGUGGACCCUCAAGGCCUUAGGACCAUUGGUGUGAUCACAAAAUUGGAUCUGAUGGAUGAAGGAACAGAUGCAAGAGAAAUUCUAGAAAACAAACUGCUCCCUCUUCGUAGAGGUUAUAUUGGUGUUGUAAACAGAAGCCAGAAGGACAUUGAUGGGAAGAAGGAUAUCAAGGCAGCUCUCCUAGCAGAGAGGAAAUUCUUUCUUUCCCACCCAGCAUACAGGCACAUGGCAGAUCGGAUGGGAACACCGUAUCUCCAAAAAGUUCUAAACCAGCAACUUACCAAUCAUAUUCGGGAUACCCUGCCAGGCUUCAGGAGCAAACUCCAGAGCCAGCUGCUUUCUAUAGAACAUGAAGUAGAGGUGUACAAAAACUUCAGACCAGAAGAUCCAACCAGAAAAACUAAAGCCCUGCUGCAGAUGGUCCAACAGUUUUCAGUGGACUUUGAAAAAAGAAUCGAAGGAUCAGGAGAUCAGGUUGACACAUUAGAACUUUCGGGAGGUGCGAAAAUCAAUCGUAUUUUCCAUGAGCGUUUUCCAUUUGAACUAGUGAAGAUGGAAUUCAAUGAGAAAGAACUGCGGAGAGAAAUAAGUUAUGCAAUCAAGAACAUACAUGGUAUCAGAACAGGUUUGUUUACUCCAGACAUGGCUUUUGAGGCUAUUGUUAAAAAACAGAUAGUGAAGCUGAAAGGACCUUGCUUAAAAAGUGUGGAUCUGGUGAUGCAAGAGUUAAUCAACACUGUCAAGAAGUGCACUAAAAAGUUGGCAACAUAUCCAAGGCUGUGUGAGGAAACGGAAAGAAUUGUUGCUGGCUACAUUCGUGAAAGAGAAGAGAAGACCAAGGAUCAGGUACUGCUGUUGAUUGAUAUCCAGGUAUCUUACAUCAACACCAACCAUGAAGACUUCAUUGGCUUUGCAAAUGCCCAGCAAAGAAGCAGUCAGGUUAACAAAAGUGCAGUGGGAAAUCAGGGAACCAAUCUACCGCCUUCAAGGCAAAUUGUCAUCCGGAAAGGCUGGCUGACCAUCAACAAUAUUGGAAUCAUGAAAGGAGGAUCCAAAGAAUACUGGUUUGUUCUGACCGCAGAAAGCUUGUCCUGGUAUAAAGAUGAUGAGGAAAAAGAGAAGAAGUAUAUGCUUCCUUUGGACAACUUGAAAGUGCGGGAUGUUGAAAAGAGCUUCAUGUCUAGCAAACAUAUCUUUGCCUUAUUUAACACGGAACAGAGGAAUGUUUACAAGGAUUACCGUUUCCUUGAGCUAGCCUGUGACUCCCAAGAGGAGGUGGAUAGCUGGAAGGCAUCUCUGCUACGAGCCGGUGUCUAUCCUGAUAAAUCUUCAGGGAACAACAGAACUGAAAAUGAUGAGAAUGGCCAAGCAGACAAUUUUUCAAUGGACCCUCAAUUGGAGAGACAGGUGGAGACAAUUCGCAAUCUUGUGGACUCCUACAUGUCUAUUAUUAACAAGUGUAUCCGAGAUUUGAUACCAAAAACCAUCAUGCACCUUAUGAUCAAUAACGUAAAAGAAUUUAUUAAUGCAGAGCUCCUUGCUCACUUAUAUUCUUCUGAGGACCAAAACACACUAAUGGAGGAGUCAGCUGAACAGGCACAGAGGCGAGAUGAAAUGCUACGGAUGUACCAAGCCCUUAAGGAAGCUCUAGCAAUCAUUGGCGAUAUUAGCACUAGCACUGUGUCAACCCCUGCACCCCCUCCUGUAGAUGAUUCUUGGCUUCAGCAAGCCCGCAGAUCACCUCCUCCAAGUCCCUCAACUCAGAGGAGGCCUACAUUAAAUAAUCCCCCAACCAGACCUUUAUCUGGCCGAGGACCUGCUCCUGCGAUCCCAUCUCCAGGCCCUCAGGCGGGGGCACCCCCAGUCCCGUUCCGCCCAGGACCGUUGCCUCCGUUUCCGAGCGGUGGUGAAGCUCUUGGAGGACCUCCCCAGGUUCCCUCUCGGCCGACCCGGGCUCCUCCCAGUGUCCCCAGUCGAAGACCACCCCCUUCACCUACUCGGCCCACUGUAAUUCGUCCGUUAGAUUCGUCCCUGUUAGACUAAACGAAGUUUCUGGCAUGCCAUUCAUUGUUAACCAAAUAUGUGGAAGCAAAUUGCUUGAUAACUGUCGCAAUAACCAAUGUAUAGUCGCAUGUAUGGACAUCUAUAGGCAAGUAACCAAUUUUACUGAUAUGCUCUCUGUCCAUUCUGCAUUGCUUAUGAGGUCUUAAAUGUUUUGGGAAGGUCUGUGCUACCUUGACUUUUCCUUGUGCCGUAGCUGAUGUUAGCUAACUUACUGACAUACGUAUUCACCCAGACAGCUGUGCUCACAAUCCUAUACAGUUACAUGAGGGCUUGACUUUGUGUGUGUGUGCACGUUUUGACCGAGUCUGCUGUUUUUUUUCUUUUAUCUGAAUAGCAUCUUGCUUUUAUAUGUAGCUUUCAGGUUUGUAAGGCAUUUCGUUUAAAGGAAAGUUUUCUGUCAUUUGGAAUUAGAGGGUUAUGCCCGUUUUCUUCUUUCAUGGCUAAACUGGGCUGAGAAAAGCAAUGUUGUUUCUUAUGCAAGCUCUUUGUGGGCCCAACACUUCCAUGUCUCUUGCAAGCCUGCUGGAUGGCUGCUUUUCCUACAGUUUCUCCUCAUCAGAAGCCUAGUUUAUAAAGAAUAUUGUUAAACAAGAAGGGUGCGUAUGGUACAAUGAGCGUUUUACAACAUCCUUCUUUCCACAUGGGUGACUGACAUCCGAAGUUGAUUUGGUGAUCAGCAAGGAGCAGGCUGCGGCUUGGACUGGGUAGUGCUCUGUAGAAAUAGAAGUUCAGAAGUCCCAGCAGAUAACUUGGAAGUCUCAGCGUGGAGCUGCUGCACCCUGCGACAAGGACGUGAGAAAGGCAGUUUGAAGGGCUGGUACAUGACAGGCCAGCAUGUGCCAGCUUGCUUUGUCCUCUGAUAGCACUCACUCACAUUAGUACCCCCACUGAACUCAUUGGAAGCACUAUGUGUGUGGGUGGGUGGGUAAUACGUAUGAAGAUACCGCCUGGCAGGAUCCAGAGAGCUGAGGACUGCGUUUGGUCAUUUUGUGAAACACAAGAGUACAUAACGUGUAUGCACAGCUGUAAUAGGCUACUACUCCUCUGGCCACUGUGUGAGCCAGUUGACAGAGCUAUGGCCUAGCUAUGGCAUUUGAGCGUUCCAAGGAUCCAGUUUGGAUUUAAGGUAUUGGCUCAAGCCCGUCAAUGAAGUUCCACUUUAUAAAGAUUUUCUAUUUGCAUCUCUCAAAGUCCCGCACGCCUCAGAUUGGCAGUCCCUUUAUCCAAAUAGGUACUGAGAAGCACUCAGCUGUGCAUGCUGGCAAUGUAUUGUUUUAGCAGAUGUUCACUUUCCGAGGUCCUCUCUGCCUGUUGUUUUACAAACUGUAUAUUAGUGCAUCGUAAAAAAAAUUCUUAACUUAAAUCUUAACUGUAUCACUUAAUUUUAAACACUUAGGGUUGAUGUCAUCCUUAUGGCUUAAAAUUUAAGUCAAUAGAAUUAUACUAGAGAUUAAUUUGGCCUUGUGUCUUCAGAAAAUAUUAAUUGUUGUUAUUACAAUUACAGUUUCAGAUCCCUAGGCAAAGCAGUUGGCGGUUUCAAAGGCCACCAGUAUAACCAAUCUAAUAAAUUUAUUCUGGGAGACUGCAUGUAGGGCUACAGUAUGUUGCAUCUCUGUGGUUAGGAAGAAUCCAGUCAAAGAGCCACAACUAGCGGAGAUUUUUCCCUGUUAAAUAGUCUCAGGCUGCUGAUUAAAUAACAGUUAUGUCUGUUCACCACUGAAGCAAAUGAUGUUUCUGCUUGCAUGAGAGAGAUGAGCUUAGGAAAGCACCAUGAUUUGUAUGUUAGCUUAACUUUAAUUUCCUGUCAACCUCAUCCUUAUGGCACACACCUGGGGAGCCUGGAGGUCAGCAUUUGAAGCGCAGUGAAGAUGGAAUUUGUCAGUACAACGGCAUUUUGGUGAUCUCAGUGAAUGGCUGAAAAGGCCAAUGUUUGUCUAGAGAACAGGACCAAAUCUUCAACACCAAGCACGCAGAAUUGCUUACAAGGGAAAAAAGGAUGUAAACCCAACAGCACUUACAUUGGUUUUUACUACAGAAAAGUGAAAAUAUUUUUUGAUGAUUUUUUCUUCUGUUUUCCGCUGUGUAGCACUCUCUUCUGUAACACACAAUGCAUCUAUCAGAUGUGUUUUUGUAAGCAGCCAAAGUAGUCCAUAUUGUUGCCUAGCCAGUAAACCUGUAUAUAGGUUAUCAAAGCUCUCUGUUACUGGACUGACAGCUGUCUUUUGUCAGGAAGCCAUGCUUAGCGCCUCUUCCACCUCAGCCACAGAAAGUUAUCAUUUUAACCCAAAAUCUUAAAAUUCAGUGAUGCUGUAAGGCCAAAGCCUGGCUUCAUCACACCCAAUCUAAGCGCUUCAGUACAGCCUUAGUUUUCCAAGGUCUCCUUUGCUCAGUGGGAGGAGACAGUGCCUCCAGAAGGUGAUUCAGGCUGGUGUGACUGCGUAAGACACCAGGGUAGUAAUGCUGUUAAGUUAGGAGCCUCAAUUAGAUGGCAUAAUUCUUGGUCUGAAAAUGUUUAAUUAGCUCUUCCAUACUUGAGACUCGUUAAUUUACCUUACUCACGGUUUCUGUCAGGCCUAAGGAAAUAGAUAGUUAUCACAACUCAGUGCUGCUCUUAACUCUGCCCCACAAGAAAUUGUAAUGGUAAUCUUGGUUUAUAAAUGAAACUCUGCAGGGUAGAUUUACCAGAAAGAAGAGGAGGGAGUGAGGGGCUUGUAGUCCCACGGUUAACACCGUCUGGUUCUGCACUCAUUUUUGAGGUCGUGGGACACAGUGUGCAGCUGCAGAGCCCUCCCUUCUUCUGCGUCCCCAUUCAGAUCACACCUAAAUCUGGCCCUGCUCCUGAAAUGCAACGCUUUUAGGUGUGUAGGUUAAUUAACCUUGAGCCCAGAUUCAGAGUUUGAUGAUUUUAUAUCUAACUUCUUGCAUAUACACUUUCCUGAAUAAAUCAAUUGCAUAGCAUUUAUCCAGAAAACAACAAUUCUAAGUUCUUCCCCAAGAAAUUGCUACUUCCAGGUGACUAAAUUCUCACCUUCUAACCACGGUCCAUUUCCUCGUGCUGUUCAGUGCCUGGAACGAGUUUGUCUGUCCUGCUCGCUCCGGCAUCUGGCGAGUUUUGUCUCUCCCCAUUCCUUCUUCUCGGAGGAGCAGCCUUGGCAGCAGCUCACUCCAGGCCUGAAAGACAGCAGGAAAAGCUCACUAGUACAUCCCCGUGGACCUGCUAGAGGGAUUGGCUGGCUGAGAAAGGCCACUUCCCCCUCGGUGGACACCCA